GGAUGAUAAAAUUCAACAACAACACACAUUAAAAAAUUGAUUCAAAUGCACUGACUGAGUCGCCAUUCGCCUUUUUUUUAUUAAAAAAUUUUCAUUAUGGACAAUGUGAAUUGGAAAUUGAAUUGAUCAGCGCAAUUGAUACAAAUUAAUUUUCUGUUGUUCUUCUGAUAAAUGGGAAUAAAAAUACUGAUGGGAAUAAAAAAUUUCAUUUCAAAAUUUUCAAUGAGGAAUAUAUGUGGAUAAAGUUCCACCAAUCUAGAAAACAAAAUACUUAUUUAUUCUGAAUAGAAAAAAAGAUUAUUAUUAUUAUUAAUCUUUAUUUAUUUUACUUGUAUUCCAUGUGAAAUUUCAUCAGAAAAAAAAAGACAUUUAUCAACAACUUGUGAUUAGUGAUUCUGUAUACAAAUUAAAAAAAAUUAGGCACUAUCUACAUUAUUUGAACUUUCUAAUGACGUCUGACCAAUUAAUAUCACAAACAACUCUACUCACAUUUACAUUACUAACUAUUCAAUUAACUGAAUCAUUUUCCAUGGAUCUAAAUGAAACUAAAACAAAUAUUUCCGUUGAUAAUUUAAUCAAUCCUAAUAAAACUGUAUCAGAUAAAAUGCUUCUAGAAGUCUAUACAACAUGGGUAGAUUUUGCAAAACAUUUUGUACCUACCGCUUUAUUUGUUGAUCGUUAUGUAACAAUAAUCUAUUAUGUUUUAGGUUUUCCAGGAAAUUUUCUUGCAUUCAUUAUAUGGUCUAACAAGAGAAUGGUACGAGAGAAUUCUGCUGCGGUUUAUUUAGCUGCCUUAUCAUUAAAUGAUAUUAUUGUUUUAAUAUUUGCAUUGAAUAGAGAUUUAUCACGUGUAUGGCAAAUACGUGAAUAUUUAACACCUGGUUCAUGUGAAAUACAAAAUAUAUUGUCACCUGCUGUACAAUAUGCAUCACCAUUAUUUGUACUUGCUUUUACAGUGGAACGAUGGUUAGCAAUAUGUAAACCAUUUUAUAUUGAUCGAAUUUGUAGUUCACGACGAGCGGUUUAUAUAUGUGUAUCAAUUAUUAUUGGUACAAUUCUAGUUUGUUCUGGACAUGCAUAUAUAUUCAUCACAGAGACGAAUACAUGUAGUAAACGACAUAUCAAUCCAUUAAUUAUAAGUGUAUAUUUAUCAUGUCUAGAAGCGGUAUUUGCUGGUGUUGUCCCGCUAUUAGUAUUAAUAUUUAAUUGUUUAGUAAUUAAAGAAUUAGCUCGAGUUCAUCAAGCUAAUAAACAACUAGCUAUGAUAUCAAAUCAUUUAACAUCAACUAGUUCAACAUGUCAAUCAUUAAUUCAAACAAAUUCAGUGAAUAUUCAAUGUUCAACAAAACAACCAUAUGAUAAUAAUAAUAAUAAUAAUGGUAAUAUUAAUUAUCAACACAGAAAUAAAAUUAAAACAUAUUUUAAAAAUUUAUUUUCAAAACAAAUAACACCAUCCCGUUCAAAAAGAUCACGUAAACAAACGAAUGAAAAUUUAAUUAGUAAAAAUUCAUUGGCAGACAAUACAUUGGAUGUUGUUCAAAAUUCAAUUCAAUGUGAAACUUCAUACAAUUCCAUGCUUCAUCAACAUGAUUCAAUUGAUCAAAAUUAUCAUAACAAGUCGCCGAUUAAUGGACAAUCACAUAGUAUUAUGAGUCGUAAAAGUAAUGAAUUAGUUGGUGUAAAUUCGCAUGAAUUGCCUAGAACUUCACAUGGUAAACGUACUAGUCCAAGUUUUAAAUCAACAACAUUGAUGCUUUUAACAGUUAGUUUUUAUACCAUAUUAACAACAUUACUUGGUGGUCUUGUUUACUUAAUACAUCAAACACAAGAAGAGCCAAAUAUGAAUGCAACAGAAGAAGAAGUAAGUGAAUUAUUUGAGUUUGGAGAUAGUUUUUGCCUUUGA